AUGGAUGCCAUACAGCACAGGGGGCGGCUGAGAGCCUUUCUCAAGCACGCCACAAUUCGCAUCUCGUCACACAAAGAUCAUGGAUUCUCGAAUGAUUCCGCUUCAGCCCACAGCAUCGACGACGACGGCAGAUCCCAAAGGUCUUCUAAAAGUGCCAAGAAAGACAGCAAGUUAAGGAGAAUUGGCCGUGGAAUUCGGCAAUGGAGGGAAAAACGAAGGAGGUCACACGGCGAUACACGCCCAGAAACCUCACACACCUUUGGAGGAAAGAGCUUUUCUUCAUCUGAGGCGAGCCUGGUAGAGGAAAAAUUCGGGGUGGAGGCUGUUCCUAAUGAAGAUGCCUCCAUUGAUCGACCAAAAAACGAUCCUCUUGAAGUCAGCAAGGGUGUGAAUCUGGAGGGAGCUUCAAAAGAAGCGUUGCCGCGGGAAAACAUGCAUGAGAAGGUUGCUCUGCAUCAAGACGCAAGUGAGGAUACCAACCUGGGGGACAUUCAGGGGAGUACUCCGUCAGGGAAGGAGGUGAUCAUUCCACAGGCGACUAUCCCAAUCCCACCUCCCCCCGUCUACAGCUCACUAGUCUGGUCGGAUCUGGCGCCACCUGCAAAAACCCUCAAACCACCCAGUGGCGUCGUAUUCAGACGGGACAGGAAGAAUGCAAGUGAGUUUGCCCGAAACACACUGAGCAGUGAGCCCGCACUAUGGACCGAUGCUUCCUAUAGGGUUGAAGCGCCCGAAGGUUGCAACAGCGAGCACUACGGAGGUAUCGCAGUGGCCCAAAAAUUUGACCAACGGUGGACGGUGCAUUCUGCUCACACCAGGGGCGUUACAGACACCAAUCAUCUCGAGUCUCUUGCCAUCUUGAUGGCCCUUCAGAUGGCAGUGCAGGAAAAGAAGGCAGGCAUACUUGGGGAGGGCACGGUCUACAUCUGCAGCGACAGCGAUACUGCAUUACGGUGGCUGGAGAAGGUCUUCACCCUCGCCACCGCGAUCAGAAGGGCUGCCUGGGAGGCACGCGCGUUGGAGGCCGACGUCGACGACCUCAAAUGCCUAAUCCGGCUCUCUAACGAGCUUUCUAGGUGGGAGCCCUUCCGCUUCAGCGAGUACAAAUGCCCAGAGAAGAGCCUGAUGGCUUCGAUCGGCAGGAGAAUCCUGGAGCAAUAUUAUGAGUUGCGCGGGCUCGGGGCCUGGGUUGAAUUCCACUGGGUCCCAGGCCACUCAGGCCUUCCAGGAAACAUGAUCGCCGACAGAAUAGCAGCGUUAUCCUGCUGCUGGGUCAUGAAGUGGGCACCUCCCUCAGCCCAUGAUGCUGGGCUUGUAAUACCGUUGAAGGUGCUUGCGUUUGACGAGCCGUGGAAGAAAUUUUUCCCGCAACAAGAGCAGCGACAAUACAAUAAGGUCGAGGCACUACAGCUUCUAGAGGACACCAAGGAUUUGCAGGUCGUCUUAUCUACCAAGGCUCUCGAAUCCCCGAGCUGCGACAGAAGCGCGGCUCCAAUUGCGGAAGGAGUUGGAACAGAUGUUGUCGCAUUACAACCUGCGUCUCGAGGUACGACCUGGUCUCUGGGUCUUCCCCCCUCUGUGCAUACCUCUCCAGAGUCUGGCGAGGUCACGAUAAUCCCAUCAGAUCCGUAUGUCAAGGCGAAAGCUCCACCAAAGCAUGGAAUACCUUAUGUAUCACAUAACGAAGUGGUGUCCAUACCACCAGCACCAUAUCCAAUACCACUCCCAGUCCCGCAACCUCAAUCGAAGACACGAAAACAAAGGCGGGGAAAGACGAGGUCAAAAACGUCAGGAAACUUUUCGUGCGCCCACUGUGGCCAGGUGGGCCAUCUGAUCAAGUACUGCUUUGACAAAUUCCCAGAGCAUAAGAUAGCCAACCCAAAGGGAUAUGCCCGCUAUGGCGGGCGCAUGAGGCUCGAAAAGAGGACGCCAGGGGCGUUCCAAAGCCUGGCUCGGCUCCACCCGCAGAUGAUGGCCCAGCCGAUUCACGGGCAGGACUCCAGGUAUAUGCUCGGCCGGGUCGGGAUCACUCCGCACCUGACGCCCAAGCAGUGCGCCGUAUGGGCGGUCCAGUACCAGGCCUCAGAACCUGGCCAGAGCGCGGUGGCCGACUCGGUCCAGGACCACCGACGGCGCCUCAGAGAGAAGUAUCGCUGGGACGAGGCACAGGGUGCCCAGCCAGACUAG